GCGCAGGCGCCUUCAGGAAUAGUUGUUUCUUCGUCAAUAUGUAGCAACUGCACCGCGGUCCACAAAUCAUAACUGUCUGUAAUAUUAAGUCAUCAGGAGGAAACCAAUUUCGGAACCUUUGUGGAUUUUAUUUUGAACUGUAACCUGGUUUAUAUAUUCAACGACGAAGUAACGCUAAGGACUAUUCGUCAGUGACAGCUGUGUUGUGAACGCUGGUUGAGUUGAUCUGGACCAGAGGAUAUUUGGGUUCUUCUGGGGAAGUUUUUAAGCUUUGUCUUUCACCAGUGAUUCCUUAUGCUGAAAACACCUGCAGCCUUUGCUUUACAAGAUGGAAGAAAAUGAUUUAAAAAGACUUGCUCAUCAACCUCUGCUGCACUGUGGUUUGUACAACAGUGUUCAGUCCUCAAAUUACAAAAGAACACCACCUAUUCUGCAUAUUGUCAACUUGCAGUGCAAAUCUAAAAACUAUAAGCAAUAAAAACUGUUAAAGGCAGAAGAAGUUUGGAAGCUCCAUUUUAUCACCAAGAUCUCAACUGCAAAACAGCAUACUGUAAACAUGGAAAUAUAUUUCUUUUAAGUUGUCCUUCAUUAUUCUUAAUUUUGGCGUGUGUGGUGUGAUGUCGGAAAAGCCUGGAGACAAAAUGGUGAAGUUUUUGGCUCCCCCUCAAAAGAGUGGAAACGGCCCCAGCUCUGGCUCUGACUCGAUGGUGGGUGAAUCCAGACCGACAGAAGUGAGACGCCGGCACCACACCAUGGAGCGGGAUCGGUGCAACCCUGAACACCGAUUUCUCCGUCGCAGCGUCAUCAGCGACUCAAAUGCCACUGCACUGGCCCUGCCUCUGCCCAGCAAGAUCCCCAUCGCAGCACCUCAGAGAGUCCAGGCACGGGAAGACACCCCCCAGAGGAAGAAGAUCCCAAGUGGCCACUUGUCUAAAUGUGAACCUACGUUAUCACAAAACCAAAACUCUACAGAUGAUAGCAAAAGUGAAGACGUCAAUAGGGUUGUAGAAAUAUCUAAGGUAGAAGUGGCACCUUUACAAGAAGGACCUGUAAAUAUCAAAAACAUCUGUGAUGGAGAGGAAGUGAUUACAGUGCAGUCCCCACCAUGCAUAGGAACAGAACUGUCCAGUCAACCAGAAGCUGAAGGCACUGCAGAGGUCAAAGCUCAAAAUGAAGAGGAGGCCGAUGAAGAAAAUAAGGACUCUGCUAAGGCCCGAGCAGAGGCAGAGCAGAGAGAAGCGGAGAAGAAAGUUCAAGAAGAUAUUGAGGAAGCAGAGACCAAAGCAGUGGGAACGUCACCUGAUGGCAGGUUCCUCAAGUUUGACAUAGAGAUUGGACGUGGCUCCUUCAAGACUGUCUACAAGGGCCUGGACACAGAGACCACGGUGGAAGUGGCCUGGUGUGAAUUGCAGGAUCGCAAGCUCUCCAAAACUGAGCGGCAGCGCUUUAAAGAAGAAGCUGGGAUGUUAAAGGGAUUGCAACAUCCCAACAUUGUUCGUUUUUAUGACUCCUGGGAAGGGCCCUCCAAAGGAAAGAAGUGCAUUGUACUGGUCACUGAACUCAUGACAUCGGGCACAUUAAAAACAUACCUGAAGCGCUUUAAAGUGAUGAAGAUUAAAGUGCUGCGCAGCUGGUGCAGACAAAUCCUCAAGGGCCUUCACUUUCUACACACUCGGGCUCCACCCAUCAUCCACAGGGAUCUCAAGUGUGACAACAUUUUCAUCACUGGCCCAACUGGAUCUGUCAAGAUUGGCGACCUGGGGCUGGCCACACUCAAGAGGGCAUCCUUUGCCAAAAGUGUUAUAGGUACCCCAGAGUUCAUGGCUCCUGAGAUGUAUGAGGAGAAGUACGACGAGUCAGUGGAUGUGUAUGCCUUUGGAAUGUGCAUGCUGGAGAUGGCCACCUCCGAGUACCCGUACUCAGAGUGCCAGAACGCUGCACAGAUCUACCGCAGAGUAACCAGUGGAGUGAAACCUGGCAGCUUUGACAAGGUGGCUAUUCCUGAAGUAAAGGAGAUCAUUGAGGGCUGUAUUCGCCAGAACAAAGACGAAAGGUACUCGAUCAAGGAUCUGCUGAACCACGCCUUUUUCCAGGAGGAUACAGGUGUGCGCGUGGAGCUGGCAGAGGAGGACGAUGGAGAGAUGGAGGCUAUCAAACUAUGGCUGCGCAUUGAAGAUGUGAAGAAACUCAAAGGGAAGUACAAAGACAAUGAGGCAAUUGAGUUCUCUUUUGAUCUCAAUAAAGAUGUGCCAGAAGAUGUGGCUCAGGAAAUGGUUGAGUCUGGUUAUAUAUGUGAUGGUGACCUUAAAACAAUUGCCAAAGCAAUUAAGGACAGAGCAUCCCUAAUCUGUCGUAAAAGAGCACAGAGACAAAAGGUUCGAGAAGAUCAAGAGAAACGUUUUGAAGAUGAGCAGCAGAACCCUACUGUGCCUCAGCAACCAGCGCCACAACCCAGUGUAGAGGCUCCUGUGUCCCAGCCAGUGCUCCAUUCUGCCCCCUAUGGGUCACCACAGCCAAAUCAGCACAGCUCUCAAGUGGCUCCUCAGUCUGCAUCUCAGCAGAACCUGACAUCUUCCAGCUACAGCAUUCCUCAGUCUGGCCCUCUCAGCGGUGUUCCACAUUCAUUCUCCUAUGUUCCUCAGUCCUCUGGCCAAAUCCCUCUCACUGUCCAAGGCCAGAGUGUAGCUGCCAGUCAGCCAGAGUGUGAGGACGCUGAGGCAGACCAACAGCCCCAUACUGGAGGAGGUGCAGGCAUUCAAAUGGGAGACAGACCACCACAUUCAUCCAUGCCCCUUGAUGUCCACCCUGCCCAGCCAGGUGUAUCUUACAGCACUCCCACAGCCCAGCCCCUGUUUCAGCCCACGGUAUUAAGUCCUCAGACACAAAGUGACCCGCCACCACAGCAGCCACUGCCAGCAGUCCAACCUGUAAGUCAAGGCAUCCAUGGAGAAGCAGUUCCUGUUCCUCCCAGCAGCCAGACAGGUCCGGCUGUGCCUCAGCAGUACGGCGUUUACUACCAAUCAACUCUUCCCCCUCAGAUUCCUGUACAGCCAGGGGUUGUUCAGAAUACGUCCCAGUUGUCUCCUCCACAGCCCCCUGCAGCAGACACUGGUGUGGUCAGCCAGAGCCCUGUUCUGCCACAAACACAGACUGGCAUCCAGCAGGCCCCUGUAAAUGUCCCUCAGACUACACCAACAGAACAGCCGCCAGCAUCAGGAGCCCCAGUGCAGCAGUCAAUGGAGAACUGCUUGUCUGAUACAGCAUCAGGUCUGAGUGAUGGAAAUGAAGGAAACUCUACAUCUGGUGGUCGCCAUGAGGGACGCUCCCUGAAACGCCACCAACGGAGAUCUGUUCGCAGCCGCUCUCGCCAUGAGAAGUGUGCCAGAGCCAAGCUGAAUGUUCUUAGUAUAUCUAAUGUCGGGGAUCGAGUUGCAGAGUGUCAGCUCGAGACGCACAACAGGAAGAUGGUGACAUUCAGGUUUGAUCUUGAUGGAGAUAAUCCAGAGGAGAUUGCUCAAAUCAUGGUCCAGAGUGAGUUCAUUCUGGAGAGUGAGCGCGAGUCUUUCAUCGAACAAAUUCGUGAAGUUAUAGAAAUGGCAGAUGAAAAAGGAGAAGGCAUGAAGGAGGUGUUCCCACAAAUGAGUGAUCGUCAGCAACAGCAAGAGUUAUCUGUGCCCAUGUUACCAGGCAUUUCUCCCAACACUACAGCUCAGGUGGUGCAUUCAGCAGGAAGAAGGUUCAUUGUGAGUCCUGUGCCUGAGUCACGUCUUAGGGAACAGUUCUUUGGCCAUCCGUCUUUUAACACCUCUUUUGGAGAUGAUCCAGUCUCUGCUACCUCUGGAUCCCUGGGCCUUUCUUUAUCUGCACCAGCUUCAGUUCUGCAAGAAGGGCUUCGGAAAAUAAAACAAGUAAAUGAAGAGAGAAGUGAUAAACCUAAUCCUCCUGCCAUGGAGCAAAACACAGGAUCAGUCCCACCGGUAGAGACUGGUCAUGAGUCUAUCAGUAGCCAUUUCUCUCCAGAGAGUGUGCCAUCCACCACAAGCGCUACUUUUCCUGCUGCGUCCAUGACUUCAUCUACAAGCACCACCUCCACUACCGAGACGGUUUCUCCACCCACUGCAUCCAGUCAAACACAGGCGCCUACUGCUGUAGUGCCUGCUCUGCCUCUCCAGUUAACCACUGAAUCUGCCCAACCACAGCCCCCACAAACCGCUACUGCUCCCACUUCUAUCUCCGUCAGUUCCCCCAGCCCUCAAAUGCCCACGCCUCCAGUACCCACGCCUCCAAUGCCGACAUCACAAAUGGCCACCCCUCAAGUAUCCACCCCUCAAUUGGCAACAUCACAAAUGGCCACCCCUCAAGUACCCACCCCUCAAUUGGCAACAUCACAAAUGGCCACUCCUCAAGUACCCACCCCUCAAGUACCCACCCCUCAAAUGGCCACGCCUCAAGUACCCCCCUCUCAGUCUGCAGGACUGGCCAAUCCCCCUGUGUCCUCUAAUGCUGCUGUUCCUUCUAACAACAGCAGCACCAUUCCCGUCUCAGAGCAGCAACCUUUUAAUGGUGCAGCUGUAUCCAUGCAGCCCACAACUACACCCACCCAUCCCAUACAGUCAGGCUCCCAAAAUCCACCAGUGGCCAGUUCUAACCAGCAGCCUCCUUCAGCCUCAGUAUCCACUCAGAACCAAAUCCAGUCUCAGCCAUCAGAGGCCGAAGGGGCAGAGGUCCAGACCAAGAGCGGGGGCAGGGAUGACAUAGAAGCUCUGGACAAAAAACUGCGCUCACUUUUUAAAGACCCACCUGUCACUUCCUCCACCUCUAUGGACCCCUCUCAGAGCACAGGCACCUCCUCCCCUCCAACAGGUACCUCGUCUCCUCCCCCAGGGCAGGCUCUGGUGCCCCCAUCCAACCUCCCCCUCACAGCUGGGACUGCUACUCAAGGACAUGCCCAAACCCCACCAACUAAACCCAGGGCUCAGACCUUACCUGCUGGUUUUGAUGCAUCUGCAACACCUUCUGCUGACCUUAUACCACCAAUUCCUGGACCAAAUCAACAACCGGUGAUGAAUCAUUUAGAUUCCCAAUUGAGAAGAGCUCUUAGCCCAGAGACUGUGCAGGGAAAUAAUGCAGCAUCAAACCCAGGGACUGGCUUCACACUUGGACGUUUCCAGGUCUCCGUGGCCACAGAUACAUCCAACACCGUUCCAGACGUCUCGAAUGUGGUCUCUUCCGGCUCCAUGACAUCAUCGUGUACCUCAUCCUCUUCAUCAUCCUCUUCUCCAUCAAGUCCGGAAAAUACUCUUCAUCGAUCAUCUUGUCUGUCCAAAGAAAUAAGUGCCACUGAUAGAGAAAUGGAGGCCUCAAUGUCUUGUGACGAUCUGAACAAUGAGCACACCAAAACUAUUGGACGUUUUCAAGUGUCCACCAGCUCCAGUACACCCCCCACAGGCAGUGCUGACUCUAGGGUGGGCCGCUUCUCUGUCACAGUGACCUCUUCUCCAGCAGACCACAAUCCCAAGCAUAGGACCACUCUGCAGAACGGGCCAUCCUUAUCCACUUCUGACCCCCACAACACACACACCCCUUACACCAGUGACAACGAUGAGGAUUCAGAGGCUGAGGAUGAAGCACUGCAGAAGGAGAUCAGCCGCCUCCGAGAAAAACAUAUGUUGGAGAUUCAGGCUUUGCAGACACGUCAGCAGGAAGAAAUCGAGGCCUUGUUCACACGCAUGGGAAAAGCUGCACCCCCUUCUGUACUAUCACCGGCCGUGGUCAUGGCUGGAGGCCGCCGCAGACUAAAGAGCAAGACCCACAAGUCUGCGCGCAGCCCCUCACAUCCUGGAACUCCUUUAUCUGGCCAAAACCUUAAAAGUUCUGAGGCAGUUCCAAAGCAGGACUCUCCGUCUGGAACAGUUUUAGAUCCAACAAUAGAGACUUCACAAACAGCAUGUAAAUCACCUCAGCUGACUUCCUCUACUUCUAUGCCAAUCAUUAGCUCCACUGAAACAAAUAUGACAAGUUCAACCAACGGUUCAGGUCCUGUUCACAACCACCACUCGUCUGGGGGCUCUGCUGCUCACUCCCAAAAGGGCAAGGGCACUUUCACUGAUGACCUGCAUCAGCUGGUGGAUAACUUCGCUCGGGAUGCAAUCAGCUUAUCACAGUGCAAGAAGGGUCCAAAGACAGGAUCACAGGCAGGACAUGAUCCAAAUAUCCCGCCAGCCAACCUGGGCCGAAAAUACUCUGCUCCAGGCUACCUCUGCCCAACUCUCCCCACUCCACCCAACCCUGCAUGCUCCACUUCGACUCAAAUUCCAAACCAGGCCAAUUCCUCAGUUCCUCUGGGCCCCCGAAAGGGUUCUUUGGGUCCAGUAACCCCAGGCUUUGGUUACGCCUCUGCCCCUUACAGCUCUACUCAGUGGGCCGGACCCACAGGCACGUGUCAGGUCAGCAUGCUUAACCCUGCACAGCCCCUUGCCCAGUACCAGCCACCCACCGCCAGCUCAGUGUCGCUGCACCAGGGCUACCACAUGGGAACUAGCACGGCUCCACCAAAGUCCAACUCUGGAGGGACUAAUCUGAGGCCCACAUAGCCCACAGUACGCUCAUACAGAGGACCACUCAGAGCAAAGAGCACAGCCCCUAAACCACUCGCUCUUUUUGCUCUAUGUUCUUUACUUGGCAACAUAUAAUGCUUUUUUAAAUUUUCAUUUGUGUUUAGUUGUGAUAGGGUUGGCCUGUGUGCCUGGUGAAUGGAGGGAGAGUGCAAUAUUCAUCCACAGCCGUCGCUUGUACACAAACCUAUCCUGCCAUCAGCUGUGGCUUCAACUGUGACACGUUGGUCAGUUGUGUCUGCUAAAUAACAGCCCAAAGGCAUAGCUGACAGCAGCCAAAGAUACUGUCAGAGGAGAAAGUGAAAUGCUGUCACAGGCCCAAAUGUUGCCAAUAAUGACUAUAAGCCACUUGCCAUUUAAAAAUAAAUCCAUGAGUAAUUGGCAUAGUAGAACUAGAGGAUGUUUGAAGAGGCAUGGGUAGCUCACAAGGAAAUGGUGUCAGGAUUGUAGGAGAUGUGUCAAAUGGAGGAGGGGAAAUGUCAGAUGAAUGUUAUGAUAAAGAAGGACUGCGUAAGUUGGACAGAGGUGAAUGAGCAGGGUAGCUGUGCAGUACAGAGGUCCUGGUGGCUAUCUGUAAGAACAAUGCAAUAAGAGGAAAGGAAAACACAUACUAUCCCUUAUAACUGUGGCCUUAAUCUCCCAAACAUCUUAAUUUUGUACAUAUAUAUUUACUGGGUUAUAAUUCCAUACUAAGUCUAUUUAUGUCACUGUGAGUCUGCUGUUAAGUGAGUUUUGUAUCAUACAGAUUUCUUUUACUUUUGAGUUGAUCCUUUACACCUGACCUGUAAGCCAGUGGAUUCGCUAUUCAAAUGCAUUGUCUUGGUGUUGAGCACCACUCAUGAUUUUAGACCUAGACAAGAUGCUGCUGUAGAUCACUAUCUGGUCAAAUGUGAUUGCAGGGUGUUUUCAUAUUUGUAUGGUGAGAGAGUUAUUGUUUAGAAUCCCAAAACCACUUUACCAAGUAGUUCUCCGUGAAACACAGGCAGUUCAAAGAAUACUUCACUUCCCUUUGGGUUAUUUGAAUUGUAUCAGUGGUAUCUGGGCUUUGUCGGGUCCCAGGAGUUUACACAGAAAUGCUGGUGUUGGUUUAGUCAUAUCUGAAAACCUCUAGUACAAUAUUAGAUUCUUAAAUCACAUGUCUGGGGUUCUCUUUCUGUGGUCUGUUUUUGUAUGCAUAUAUUUAAGAAAAUGUUCUUUAUGGACCUGUAUUCAACCAUCAGAUUUUGAUGUUGUUUCACUGUAAUUAUUAUUAAAGGUUGUUAAACAACAUGUAGUUUAAGGAAUAUAAAAAGUGCAAUUGCAGGGUUGUUUCUCUCGGUCUCUUCAUGGCACAGGAUUGAUCCUGUGGUUUAUUAAGCUCUUCUAUGUAUGACACCCUGCCCCUUUUCUAUUUUCUUGUAUAUACAACAGUAUGUUCAUGUGAGGUCAUGGUUUCACGUAUUGCUCACUGUCACUGGAGUAUGCUUGUGGUGAUUUACUCUACACCAUCACAAAUCCGAGGAACACUUUAGUGCCUUGCAUCUUCACUAAUGAAUAGUUCCACUCAUCCAGCUGUAGCCGUGUGGGUCAGACAUGCACAGGUGACAUGACAGCUUAGGCACAUUUAGCGUUCCACAGGACCAGGAGCUCAGAGGGUACAUCCUUUCUCUGCAGCUACAGAUGUGUAUCUAAUUGGCUGUGUAUUAUAAUAGGCUAAUGCAUUCAUGGGUUGGCUGACAUUUGUUUUGUGGAUUUCUCAUUAAAUUAUUUCUUAGAAGCACUUGUUCUGGCAGGGUGAUCUAAGAAUGUGUAAAGGUCACAGCACCCCACGCUGGCCGUACUUCUGCAGCCCCUCACGAGUGCCAUGCUGUCAUUGUGACUGUCGCCUGCUCGUAGAUAUACUUCUCUAGAGAAAAAAUAAGUUACUGCAAUGCAGAAUAUGCAAUGUUUAAAGUUUUAUACGGAGGAGGGGUAAUGGAAACAUUUGCAUGCUGAAGCGGGUUGUUACUGACUUCAACGUUUUUGAUAUUGAAAUUAAUUCUUUUCAUUUUUUGCCUUCUUGAAAGUCAUCAAGUGUUAUCUGUUAAAAGCAAUUCAACUUGACAUGCACAACUUCAGUAUCAGUCAGUAUAGGAGAUCUGCAUGCCGGCUGCAUUGAUCUGUUAUCUCCCACUUAAGCGACCUGUACCCAGUCACUGUACAGCACAGGCUCACAAUGCUUCGGUCCUUGUGUGCUCCUAAACUACUUUGAGACAUGAUGUACUCUGCGUCCUCUGACACGCAGUAAUAUCUGUUCAGCAUCAGAUCUCUGGCUCCUUAUGACUUCUGUGAUUCAGUGUCUGUUUUGUGUAUGUUUUUCACAUUGUACAAAAUGUAAAAAACAAAUAAAAAUAUCAUUUAAACUGA